CCAGAGUUGGACAAUACACCAAAAAAUAAAUAUAUCAGCGAGUCAUCAAGCCAGAACCGCUGAAAAUCAAAUUGCAAUGCGGGCUUUCGUCAUAGUGUUGUUGUUGAGCCUGAUAGCAUUCGCUGCGGCUGGUAAUUUGGGUGGCGGCGGUGGUGGCUGGCAAGGAGGUGGUGGUAGAGGCGGCCAAGGUAGUGGUGGCGGAGGAUAUGGCGGUGGCGGACACAGUAGAGGCGGAUAUGGCGGUGGUGGACUCAGUGGAGGCGGAUAUAGCGGUGGCGGUAGCAGAGGACGUGGAGGCAGUGGCGGUUACGGUGGAAGCGGAGGCUUUGGCGGAAAAGGCGGCGGUGGUGGAUAUGGUGGUUCCGGAGGUGGAGGUAGUGGGGGCUACGGUGGAAGUGGAGGCUUUGGAGGAAAAGGUGGUGGUGGUGGUGGUAGAGGUGGUUAUGGUGGCGGUCAUGGUGGUGGAGCUGGUGGAUACGGAGGUGGUGGCUUUGGUGGCGGCGGCGGCGGUAAAGGGUGGUAAACUCUUCUUGUGGUACACUGGCAAAAUGCUUGACUAGAUUUGUUUAUUUGGCAAAUGCUCUCUCUCACUUAACUGAACUAUGUAUGAACGUAAAAAUGCUUGUCAAAAAAGGAAGAAAAAAUGCAAAACGUAAACUACUGUAAACA